AUGAUCGGUGCUACCCCUGCCCCCGUUGUGCUGAUCAGCUUCACAAUAUGGUUUUUUGUGCUUCAGCUCUGCCACGCUCAAGUGCUACCGCAGCUCGGCACCACUCCAUACAUUAAACACAUUGUGGUGGGAAGAUGUUACGCUUACACCACAAUAGUAAACCCCAGCUUAAGGUAUGAUUGUGAAGAAAUCUGGAGAGAGUUCGAGGAGGCGGUUAUUCAUCGGUCCUCUUGUAAUGUGACGGUGGACCAUUACUAUCAGCUGUUUAAUGCAAUGCCUGAAAGCUGGCCUUGUGACAGGUUCCUUUUCUGGAGUAAAACCAGGACUCUGAUGCACAGUUAUGCAGCUAUUUUUCGUCACUUCUGGACGUUGGAGGACACGCUGGUCGGCUACAUGUUCAAUGACCUUGUCUGGUGUGGCCAAGACGAGGACUCUGGUAGCGUUUUCUUUGUAUGUCCGUUGUGGUCAGCGUGCAGGAAUCAUCCGGUUUAUUCCUUGUGGAGGAAGGCUUCGCAAAAUUUUGCAGAGAUGGCAUGUGGCAAUAUCACUGUGUUACUGAACGGGUCGAUUAUUAACGCCUUCAACAGAAAUAGCAUGUUUGGAAGUGUUGAACUGGACGGUCUGAAUCCCCAGCGAGUGGAUCAUGUCAACAUUAAGGUGGUGACCAAUCUGGAGGGACCACGCAUAGAAUCGUGUCAUCAAGGAUCUAUUGCAGACCUGAUCCAGAUCCUCCAGUCCAGGGGUUUCCGCUGGACCUGCUCAGACCACGACGAGACCCUGAUGAUGCUUCAGUGUAUCCAGGACCCGAAGCAGCGCUCCUGCCAGACGUGUGCAAACAGACUCCUGCAACCAAAGAGCCUUUCUUUCAACUGAGUUACCUUCAAAUACCAUGGGACGACCAUGGUGCUAUUAAGCUUAGUGUGGGUUCAGUGAAGGUCAACAGGAUUUCGAUAUAAAUCCACAAUGCAAUUAAAAGAACCGCUGAAAGUGACAAGUUAUCCUUUCACAAAUGUCACACUGGCAACUCAAAUGAGUUUCUGUUUAGAUCGUUAAUAUUUGCUGUUUAAAUAGUCAUGUCCAAAUGAUCAGUAACACAGUUAAAAGGAGCAAACCUCAUAAAGGAAAUAGAGUAGAAUAGAAUAGAAUAGAAUGCCUUUUAUUGUCAUUUACACAUGUACA